UUCUAUGAAGAUUGAAAUUGUUUCAUAAUAGUAAAUUAAUUGAAAUAAAAUUAUUGGGAUAAAAUCAAAAUCAAGGAAUUAACUAUUAGAAUUGUCAAUAUCGGCCAGUCCACAACUGAACAUAAAAGUAUUAUGAAGUUCUUGAAUUACUAAACGGACAAUACCAAACACCCACCUGCGUACAUAGCUUUUAUUCAUCGAUAGGAAAAGCAAUACUUGUCUGGGCAAUUGUUUAGUGCGAAGUUCGACUACCGGCAACCGGAAUUUAUCAAAAUCAUCGGAGUGUAUCCACGGCACGGCGAAAGACCACUUUUAGUCGAGUUCAUAGUUCGUUGUAGUUCGGGUGCCUUUACGUUUUUUUGUGAAUACAUUUGCACAUUUUUAUAAAGUUUUGAAGCAAAAUGGCAAACAAUAGGGCUGCUAAAAGCGGAUUUGCCGCCGAAGCUCAACGAAAAGUUAAUGCAAAAUAUAGCGAAGAAUUAGCAAAAGAAAGUUUAGAAUGGAUUGCAACUAUUACAAAUGAACCUAUCAGCGUUGCCGGUGACAUGGACAAUUUCUAUGAAGUACUUAAAGAUGGUACACUAUUAUGCAAGUUAGUUAACAACAUUCAACCUGGUAUUGUAAAGAAAAUAAACACGUCAACCAUGGCUUUCAAAUGUAUGGAAAACAUUAACGCGUUCUUAGAAGCAGCCAAACAGUUAGGGGUACCACCCCAAGAAACAUUCCAAACUGUAGAUUUAUGGGAAAGACAAAAUUUAAACUCUGUAGUCAUCUGUAUACAAUCUCUUGGUAGAAAGGCCGACAAAUAUGGUAAACCACAUAUCGGACCGAAAGAAGCAGCCAAAAAUGAGCGCGUAUUCUCAGAGGAAAAGCUUCGUGCAGGUCAAACUAUCAUAGGUCUUCAAAUGGGAAGUAACAAAGGUGCCAAUCAAUCAGGGAUCAACUUUGGAAACACAAGACACAUGUAGAAAUGAACUUAAAAGUCAACGAUUUUCUAGCAAAAAACUAUUUCCUAGAAAUUUUUUGAAAGAAAAUUAUAGAUUUCAAAAAUAACAGAGUCUUCAGUAGUACUUAGAAACACAUAGCUGCCUAUUGUAUAUUAGGUAUUAAGAUAUGUUUCUUCGCACCAGUUUGAAAUUACACAUUUCAGUUUUUUAUUUUUAAUAAAAUUAAAUUCUGAACUAAACAUUCAUUAAAAAAAUGUAUUUUGAUGCAAUUCGAAUUUUGCUGUUGCAAUGGUCAAUUAAUAUUAAUAAUUUUUGCAUAUAGUGAUCUUUCUGGUUUUUUGGUAUAAGAUUCUGGUGUUUUUGAUGAUUAUUUAUAAAAUAUAUGUUUUGUUAAUACAUCGAAAAUAUAUAUUAAAUUUACAUUUACAAUCUAUUUUUGAUCGAUUUAUAAGUCAGUAUUUAAGUAUUGUUAUAAGCAUUCCUGUUUAUUUAAUUUCUUUCAUGAACAAUAAAUUUAGAGAACAAA